AUGAGGCCCGUGUGCAGAAUACACACCGCUCGCACGCACACACCACCCUGGAGCGAACAAUCGUACGCGCUCCAAAAGCGAACAAUCGACGAACUUAGCUGCGACAGCGUGCUAAAGUGGUGGAAGAGGUGGAUGAGCUCGUACCCACUGCUGGCCCGGGCAGCCCGCGUGGUGUUCGGAGCUCCAGCGUCGGCGGCGGUGCUUGAGGGCGACUUCGGCGACGCUGGGCGCAUCAUGACCUCUUCAAGGAGCACCACCGACGCCAAGUACGUGGAAAUGAUCCUGUUUCUGCAUGGUAACCUGGACCUCAUUCCGGAGGACAUCCCAGCCUGCCAACCGACGGCCCCGUCAGCGCGACUAACAAACACAUGCCCGGGCGGUUGA